GAUGGAAUAAAUCGAAGUUUCACCUUCAAAUUCCCCACACGUUUCCUUGCUUGCCUUCGAAACUCUCCCAAAUUUUACACCUUUUUUAUUUUUUUGUCAAAAGCAUUUGAUGUACCUUAUUUGCCAUUUGCCAUUUCAGAUUUUUCGUUUUUCUUCUCUUAUUCGCGCUUUCUGAUCUUGUUUGCUGUUCGGGAAUCGGAAUUUUCGUUUAAUUUUGAGGAAGCGAGGAGAAGAAAGAGGGAAUGGAGAAGUACGAGCUAGUGAAGGACAUAGGAUCUGGGAAUUUCGGGGUGGCCAAGCUGAUGCGAAAUAAAGAAACCAAGGAGCCUGUUGCCAUGAAAUACAUUGAACGAGGUCACAGGAUCGAUGCAAAUGUAGCCAGGGAAAUCAUAAACCAUAGAUCUCUUUGCCACCCGAACAUAAUACGGUUCAAGGAGGUGUUUCUGACUCCGACACAUCUUGUAAUAGUCAUGGAGUAUGCAGCUGGAGGAGAGCUUUUUGAUCGAAUUUGCACCGCUGGAAGAUUCAGUGAAGAUGAGGCUAGAUAUUUCUUCCAGCAGCUCAUCUCAGGAGUUAGCUACUGCCAUGCUUUGCAAAUCUGCCAUCGAGACUUGAAGCUGGAGAAUACCUUGUUGGAUGGCAGCCCUGCUCCGCGUCUGAAAAUUUGUGAUUUCGGUUAUUCUAAGUCAUCUCUACUUCAUUCAAGGCCAAAAUCAACAGUGGGAACUCCAGCCUAUAUUGCACCAGAGGUUCUUUCACGUAGAGAAUAUGAUGGAAAGUUGGCUGACGUAUGGUCCUGUGGAGUAACUCUUUAUGUGAUGCUGGUGGGAGCAUACCCGUUUGAGGACCCAGAAGAUCCCAAGAACUUCAGAAAAACCAUAAAUCGGAUUAUGUCUGUUCAAUACAAGAUCCCAGAAUACGUGCACAUAUCUCAAGACUGUAAGCAUCUGCUAUCGCGCAUUUUUGUUGCAAAUCCAGCAAAGCGAAUAAACAUGAAAGAAAUCAAGUCCCAACCAUGGUUUUUAAAGAACCUGCCAAGGGAAUUGACAGAAGCAGCCCAAGCUGUCUACUACAAGAAAGAAAACCCAACAUUUUCUCUUCAGAGUGCAGAAGACAUUAUGAAAAUUGUUGAAGAGGCCAAAACUCCACCCUCUGAUUCCAAGUCAGUCGGAGAGUUUGGCUGGGGAGAGGAAGGAGGUGAAGGAGGAGAAGAAGAAGACAAAACAAAUGAGGUGGCAAAUGGUGAGGGAAAGGAGGAUGAAAAGAGAGUCAAGGAGGCACAGGCCAGUGGCGAUGUUAAUGUAAGCUAAAAAUAUAUUCAAGAUGUUAGAUAGUUAAUUUGAUUUUUUAUUUCCAUUGCUCCUGGAUGGAUAACUUGAAGUUGAGGGUUUUCCCCUCUGUACAAAAUUUGAUUUUCUGCAUAGGACCCAUAGUUGAAUAAAUGACUGUAAAUUUUUCGUGUUGUAGAAGGUUGUGAUUUGUAACUUCAUGUUGCAAACCAGACUUUGUGAUCUUGGGUAUGAAAAUAAAAAUGGAGGUGUGUUUCAUUUGUUUUCC